UAUUGGACAAGCAUACGACACGAACCAGCAGCACGUGUGUGGGUCAAAAAUUAUGUUGCGACGGCAAGCAAGACAACGGAGGGAAUACCUGUAUCGGAAAUCCCUAGAGUCUAAAGAUCGCAUCAUCAGUGAAAGAAAGCGAAAGCUUAAGGAAGCCUUGGAUGAGAACAAACCAAUACCUACUGAGCUGAGGAAAGAUGCUUUGAGUUUACAGAAGGCUCUUGCAUAUGAUGAUGAAGGCGGACAAGAGUACAGUCACAUCGAUGAUGAGUACCGAUGGGCCGGGGUUGAAGAUCCCAAGAUAAUGUUGACAACCUCCAGGGAUCCCAGUUCCAAACUCAAACAGUUUGCCAAAGAAGUCAAGCUGAUUUUCCCCAAUGCUCAGCGGCUGAACCGUGGUAACUACGAUGUGUCUCAGUUAGUUCAGGCUUGCCGGGCCAAUGAGGUCACAGAUCUCUUGAUUAUUCAUGAGCAUCGGGGAGUGCCAGAUGCUUUGCAGGUGUGCCACCUGCCUUACGGUCCAACAGCCUUCUUUACUCUGCUCAACACGGUCAUGAGGCAUGACAUACCAAAUAUCGGAACCAUGUCUGAAGUCUAUCCACAUCUAAUAUUCCACAACUUCAAGUCAAAACUUGGAGAAAGGGUCAUGAACAUACUCAAGUAUUUGUUUCCUGUGCCAAAGGAAGACAGCAAACGGGUCAUUACGUUUGCCAACCAAGAUGACGUGAUAUCCUUCAGGCAUCACGUCUACAAGAAGACAGACCACAGAAACAUUGAACUGUCAGAGGUUGGGCCUAGAUUUGAAAUGAAAUUGUAUGAAAUCCGGCUAGGCACCAUUGAGAAGGAAGAUCCCGGAGAUACAGAGUGGGUGUCAAGACCUUACAUGAAUACGGCCAAGAAACGUAGACAUCUCGCUGACCAAUGAUGCUCACAAAUACCCUCUGUCGAGUGACGUCAUCACCUGUCAGUACGAUAGUUUUUAGUUUGGAUACAUUAUUGUACAUAGCGUAUGCGACAGUGUGUACCAGUCAAGUAUUCUUACCUUUUGAUUUCAUUCACUACAUACCCAUCUAUAAAAAAUUGGACAAUACGUCUUUUUGUUAAAACUUUUGGCACACCUUUAUUGUGUGAAAUGCUGAAGUGCAUUCCUGACUUGUUAUUUGGUGCCUUAGAUGCUUACAGAAAGGUGCUGUGCUUAUUCACCUGGAAAGGUCUUACUGCAUGCCCGAGUAGACUUCCCAUGUAUUAUGAGCUACAUGUAUGUAGAAACAAGACAUGGUUUACUAUUUCCAAAGAUGUACUUCACAUCGGGGAGAUGUUUGGAUCGAAGAUGCUUGCACUAAUAAGCAGGAGGUCAUGGGUUCGACUCCCACCCAAAUAAGCUGGUGAACCUGUUGACUGGUUCAAAAUAAAAACUUGUUUAAGCUUUUUUUAAUUACAGAUUGUGACACAGAAUCUAAUGAUUACUUAUGUGCAUAUCGCAUGAAAAUAAAAUGUGAACACAAAAAUGUCCAUACAUAUCAAUGUACAUCAUGUGCUGUUGUGAUCCGGAUGAUCGCUGCUUUAUUUGUGGGUCAGGUGGAUCACCUGCGUAGCCUGUUAAGCAGUAGCCGUAACAUUGGAGGGAAUGGAGAAAAACAAAGCUUCCUCACUGUGGAGAGUGACCGACAAUAUUGUUGACGUACUUUUAUGUGGUGCUCUUUAAUUUUUUGCCUCUGGUGCCUUGCUAGAACCAUUUUUUUAACCUCAUACUUCACAAGUGAGUGAUAUUUCAUCACGCGCGCCGUCAACAUUUCCAUUCAUAAUUAAGUGUUGAGUUUACCUACCCGGUGUAAAGUGCAACAAAAUUCGAUUUGCCCUAAUUUUUAGAUUUGCAUCGUGCAGAGUGAACUAUUUUUAAAUGCACCAAAAGUAACAAAAUAAUUUCCUUACAAAAAGCUUGUACACCAGUGGAAAAAAGCUUGAAUUUAUCAAAUUUAAGAAUUUCAAAACUGUAGGAAUUUCUUAGAUAAGUGCAAAUGUGCUUCCUGAGGGGACUGCAUUAUAUUCGACACUUUGGUGUAAAUGUGAUUUUUGGUUUACAUUAUUUUUUCCAAAAUGAAUCCGCCACAUGUAUCCCACGACUGGAUGAUUGCACCCAGUCAAGUCGGCCCGCGCUUGGCAGACGUACGUACGUACACACAUCUAUCUUUGCUAGAGCGCCCUCUAUUGUUUGCAAGAAAAAUCACUACACUGACGAUAAAGAAAUUGACCGUCUUUAAAAGGUGA